AGUGAGCUGGAACAAACUGGAGAAGGGAACGGGACUGGAAAUGAAAUGAGGGAAAAUUUAAAUGAUAUGAAUGAUACCAAAAAAGUGGAGAAAUGUAGUACAGCAUUUGAAAAACAGUCCAGCAACUCAAAUAACAAGAGCCGAUUCCUACAUUCGCUGGAGAAAAAACUUGAAAAAUUCAGGUCAUCAGGUGACUGUAUUCCAUCAAUCAGUAAUUCUGGCAAAAGUCGUGUAGACAAAGCCAUUCACUCUCUGCGUGAACAUAGCUUAACACCUCGUGGUGGCGAUAUCAUUACUUCAGAAUCACACCUUUUGAAACGUGCAGUUUCUGUGAGUGAGUGUUGCACUGUUGAGUCAAGCUCCAAAAACCAUAAGCCAUUUGUGAAAGAAAAUGCUGCUUCGAAACUGGGAAGCAAAGUGACUUCUGUUCUAGGUUUAUUUCGGAAACUAGAAGAUACUCCAGGUAAAACUGGUAAGUUAUCGCCUCCUCGACCUUCAGUGUUAUCUCGUCUCAGACGUACUCAGUCAGUGUAUGGUGGCUCUCGGAGUGACAGUGUUUUAUUGGACCCUGGCGCAGAUAUCGGCGGGUCCUCGGAAUUCAAGCCUGUUCGUCCUUUACGUUUGAAGAAAGCUAAUUCAAAUUCUUCUGUGGUUAAGAAAAACCCUGUUGAAAGUCAUGCGACAAUUCAUAAGAAAGAUUUGGAAACUGGUAAGAAGACAGAGACCCAGUCACAGAAUCCAGGCUUAAAUAUGCUCGAAAAUAAAAAGGCAGCAGAGUUAACUGUUGAAAAUGUGUUGGGCAAUGAAGCAGCUGUUCAUAAUUCCAGCAACGUGCAAGAGAUCAGUAUAUCCGAACGAGGCAUUGCAGUAAAGCAGCAGGGAAGUGGUGUUCCAAAACUUAUAAAAAGAGGCAGUAUUAAAUCUAAAACAAAGAACAUAAUUGAAACAAGUAUCAAAGCUCAACCUAGAAGUGACCCACGUUCAGAUUCAGAUGCUAAAAGUGCACAUAAACUUGAGCUGGAUAAAUGCUCUAAGGAUCUGUUUAAUAUGAGGCCACUAACGGAAAGCAAUACGAAAUUAGUUCAGCCUGAUACUCUCACUGGAUUGAAGGGGUUGGUAGCAGUUGCACCAGAAUCAACUGAUACUCUUAUAGUGAAGAAACUGGAGACAUCUGUAGAUACAAAUGAGGGUUUAAGUUUGGUGAUGCAGGAAGUAACAUCGGCUGCGAAAGCAAUGUGUAUCCCCCAUGAUUGUGGAAAUAAAAAUGACUUUGUAAGAAGAGAAAAUGAUGCACAAGUUUCAUCUAAGAGUUGUGUUGACGCAGGUAAAGCAGAGGAACUGAAGCCGUGUACAAAUUCUGGAAUAUCGCCAACCACAGAUAAUGCAUUUGAUAAUUCACCUGUAGAUGAUUACAGUUUGAAUGAUGAUGAGGUAAAAUUUGCGGAUGUUAAAUGUCUCGAUUCACACUCAUAUCCAGCUGAUGAUUCAUCUGUGUUAUCCCCAGCAGAUGAAUCAGAAAGUUUCGAUUCAUGGUCUGUUUGCUCAGACGCCGAAAACCGCGAGUUUCCACCGUCACCUGUUCCUCUACCAGGAAAUGAUGUUGAAGAAAGUGUCGGUGAUAGAAUACGUAGGAAAAGCUUCUACUCACGAUUUAAUGAUGUUAAAAAGAGACAUAGAAAGUCAUCCCUCUCUCCUGUCGCCUGUCUUUCGUCUUCAUACCGAGAUACAGAUUCUCUUUCCUACCAACAUCAUCCACGAAAUUUCUCGAGGAAAAUGGACCAUCCUGCAGACUAUGCCUCUAUGUAUCACCUUCGGAAACCGUACAGAAGCCAGUCUGUGCUUGCUGAAAAUGAUUAUGAUGAUGGAUUAGCUACAUAUAGCAGAAGAUCAUCAGUUUCUCCUAGAUCACACCCAAGUUCUUAUACUGAUUAUGAUUUUAAACCUUUGAUUACAGAAAAUGUGACCAAAGACAUGAAUGGAUUUGUAGAUGAUUUUAGCUUGACUGAUCAGAAUUAUUUGCCGAAGCACAACCAGGGGACUUCGGUAUCAUCAGGUGAAGGCAUGCAGACCAGAUCGACUGCUGGAGAAAAUGUGUCUUUUCUUGGAGGCAGUGUGGAAAAACUUCGAAUGCCAAGGCAUUUUAACCAUAAUGUAAAUUUCAAUACUUCGCAAUAUCAGCCUUUAUAUUCAGAUACCAUAAGAAGGGGCAGUGAUUCUCGUCUUUCAAGGUCUACCGAGUCUGAUAUUGGAACUGCCAUUGUUAAGUCUCGUUUGCCAACGAUAUGGAAUCAGCAUUUGAGUGUGGCACCAGGGUAUGCCAGUAGCAGCAGCAGUGUUGCAGGUACGAGUUAUCCUGACGAUGCCGUGAGGUUAGGACUGGUCGCAGGGGAGACUUCGCCAUUACAUGGGAAAUAUAAUAGGUAUAACUCAAACAGCCCAUUGGAUGUGCCAUCCUCAGUGUUUAAUGGAUCGCCUACGACGACUGGAGAGAAUCUCUGGAUGGAAUCCGAAUGGCCAGUCGCCCCUCGCUGAUCGUACAACACAGAAUUGGGUCGGAGAACUUGGAGAUUGCGUAAAGAGCUAAAAUUUUGUGUGGAGGGAUGGAUAUAGCUAAAUGUUUUAUGUACAUCUGCAUGAAACAGAUGGAUUAAAGAACAAACUAUUUGUAUGCAUGGGAUUGGUAAAAGUAAUUAUAAAUACAAAUAUUUUGAUUUGAGUUGUGACAACCUUGCAGAGGUCCAUGUCCACAGCUGAUAUAUCAAUCCCCCCCCCCAUUUUUUUUACACUUUUACCAUACAAAAAAUUAUCUACCUAUAACUUUCUUCUCCAGUAUCCUCAACUAAUUAUCAAUAGAAACAAAUUUUUGUUAGAACAGAGCAUAAACUGUAUGGAUUCUAUUACAUUUGAAAUUUUAAAAUAAUUAUUAAAUACGUUUUUCACUGGA